GGAAGAUCUUCCUCCGAGCUGGGUGAUGGUAGCUCGGGGGCCGCGGCCCGACUGAUGUAUUUAAAAAGAAAAAAACGAAGAUUAAUAAAAUUAAAGACUGGCUGUAUGGGUUUUGUUUCCUUUGCCUUCCCUGAAAAGGGAGAAUCUUAAAAAUAAUGUCAAUUUGACUUGACAUCACCAUCGUUGUCUUGUCUGUACUACAUCCCAGAAAAUUUUUGCGAUCAAGUGAUUUUUAGAAACACUCCUAGUUAUUUUUUUUUACAUUAAUUUCAGAUUUAGAAAGGAUAUUAUGUUCAUAUUUUCUAACACUAUUCCAUAACAUCUAAUAAAUGUAAUUUUUUUGCAAAAUUAUGCAGUUUUUGUGCAAUCGAGAUAUUUGAAUCUGUGCAAUAUGUGGUCCUUUUUCUCCCGAGACCCAACAAAAGAUUUUCCAUUUGAAGUAGGGGAUCCAGUUCGUGGCUUAGAAGAUAGAUCCGUUUGGUCUUUGCAUAAGGGAAAGAAAAGAGGCACUCAGGAUGAAGUAUCAAUUUUUUUGUUUGAUGUUCAAAAGAAUUCAGAAACCUUAUUUGACAUAGCAAAGGCCGCUCUGAAGAAACUAAAGACUAUGAGACACCCUAGCCUUUUACAUUACUUAGAUAGUUGUGAAACUGAAAAAUGUUUAUAUGUAGCUACUGAAUAUGUAGAACCCCUAGUAACUCAUAUUGAAGAUAUGAAAUUGGAGGGACAACAAAAGGAACUUUUCCUUGCAUGGGGAAUUUUCCAAAUCACAAGAGCAUUGUCAUUUUUGAAUAAUGAUGGCAACAUGAAGCACAACAAUGUUUGCCUAUACUCAGUUUUUGUGACACUAGCUGGUGAGUGGAAGCUUGGUGGGUUUGAGUUCCUCACUGCCCAGAGUCAGGACUCCUCUAACCCUUUACCCAUCAAGAUAUUACCUGCUCUUGAAAUUUAUGACCCUCCAGAGAAAAAAGAUACCAGCAAAUUGAAAGCUGUUACGAAAUGUUCGACAGAUAUGUGGGGCUUGGGCUGCCUCAUAUGGGAAGCAUUCAAUGGUCCAUUAAAGAACCAACCAGCAUUAAAGACCGUAGAUCACAUACCCAAGCAACUGUGCACACUGUAUUGUGAAUUAGUUAGUGCAAAUCCAGCUUCUAGACCCAACCCAGCUGAUAUUAUAGCUAGAUGUCGCAAAUUGGGUGGUUACUUCAAAAAUGAUUUGAUUGAUUCAAUGUUGUUCCUAGAAGAAAUACAGAUUAAAGAUAAAGUUGAAAAAGGGAAAUAUUUCUCUACUCUGACUGGAUAUUUAGAUAAUUUUCCUGAGGCUGUUUGUGUACAUAAAAUCUUGCCACAGCUACUCACAGCUUUUCAUUAUGGAGAUGCAGGAUCAGCUGUCCUCCCACCUAUGUUUAAGUUAGGCAAACUAUUAGAUGAAUCAGAUUAUCAGAAACAAAUAGUUCCAUGUGUUGUGAAACUUUUUGCCUCCAAUGAUCGCACUACGAGAUCGCGACUUUUGCAACAACUCGAUCAAUUUAUUAUGCAUCUGCAAAAUGCAACAGUAAAUGACCAAAUAUUUCCACAAGUGGUCAAUGGUUUCCUUGACACGAAUCCUAUCAUCAGGGAGCAAACUGUCAAAUCGAUAGUGCAUCUAGCUUCAAAACUGAACUACAACAAUCUGAACGUAGAAGUCUUGAAGCAUUUCGCAAGAUUGCAAUCUAAAGACGACCAAGGCGGCAUAAGGACGAACACGACAGUAUGCUUAGGCAAGAUAGCAGCACAUUUGCAUCCUCAAAUCCGGCAGAAAGUUUUAGUGUCAGCAUUCGUUCGCGCCACUCGAGACCCAUUCCCGCCUGCGCGGCAAGCUGGUGUUUUAGCAUUAGCGGCUACUCAACAGUACUUCUUGCUGGUAGAAGUCGCAAACAGGGUUUUGCCAGCGCUAUGCCCCCUUACAGCAGAUCCGGAAAAGCAGGUUCGUGACGCAGCUUUUAGAACUAUAAAAGGUUUUCUUGGCAAAUUAGAGAAGGUCUCAGAGGACCCCAGCUUAAAGGAAGGAAUGGAGGCUGAUGUCCACACCGCUACCCCGUCACUUAGCAACGCGGCGGCCACGUGGGCCGGCUGGGCGGUCACCGCAGUGACGGCCAAGUUCUACCGCUCGCAUUCAGACACUUCGCGAGUGCAGCACUCCACCAAAUCAGCUCUGUCCAAGCCGGGAUCAUUGGAACAACCUUCGUCGAGCAGUAUGUCCACGACGACAUCGUCGGUGACUUCGAUGACGUCUUUGGAACACAGCGAGUCCGUGUCCGACUACGACCCCGAGCACUGGGACAUGGCCGCUUGGGGUGAGAUCGACUCGAGCGCUGGUACUGGCGCUAGCGUGAAAUCUCCUCCCAGCAGUGGCAGUGCGCAGGCAACGCCCGCACUAGCGGCGCUGUGCGAAGACGAGUGGGACAACGACGAAUGGGGAACUCUACAGGAACAACCCUCGGCCGAAGCAGAACUAGUCAGCCCUUCAGAGACGUGGAACAACUCGCAAUGGUUGGAGGGACCGCAGGCGUUGAACAACGCGAACGCUACGUACGUGAGGCCGCGCGCCCCCGCCCCCGCUCCCGCUGCCGCCCGCACCGCGCCCCUUACCGCUCACCAUCAGAACAGCAACGACUCGCUCGCCGGCUGGGAGGAUACGGAGUUCGAGCCUAUAGAGGAGAACGCUGACGAAAACAACGCAUUUAAAAUGGACGAGAUGAGACGGAAACGCGAAGAGAGGAAGGUGCAGAGGCAACGUGAAAUGGAGGCGAGAAGGAACGCGCGCGGCCAGGGGCCCAUGAAAUUAGGCACCAAGAUAUCAGCGCCGCCGUUCUAGUCACUGCGGUUACAAAACAUGGCAACUUCCUCAACGUAACUAUUGGACCAGGUUUCGUGGUCGCAAGAACAUGGUCUCAAUGGUGGUUUGUGUGACAGACACCACUCGACUGCAGACAGAACGUUACUGGCAUCGUGAGCACGUUUAUUCUGUACUAAAUAGUUAAUUUUUACUACUCAAAUCUUGUAAAUUAAAUGUUCACCUUGUGUUUUCACAAUCGCCUUUGUACGAGUAAUCGUACUAUAGAAAAGAAAAGUUCGAUAAAGUCAAAACUGAACUAAAAACUUAACUCUGGUGAAAUCUAUGAAACACCUAUAAACAAAUACAGAAUUGAGUAUAUCAUACGAUACAUAUAGAGAUUCACAUUUUUAAUCAUAACUUGAAAAUAAAUUUACUUAAAUAAAAGUAAUGUUUACGUAAAAUUAUUUAUUGCUAUCAAUUUAUAUACAAAGUGCAUUUAAGCAUCUCUUCCACUGUCAACAAUUAGCGAGAAACAAGUAAGGGAUGACUCACGCUGCACCGUUUCGGAUCCGGGCGUCGGCCGCCAACUUAUAUGAUUAUACAUUUUAUAUGGACAUGCUAUACCGAGUGGUAACCAUAGAGGUAUAAGAAUAGAGUAGGGGAGAUAUAGGCUACAAGUAGAAGUGUCCCUCUAAUAGAAAGUGAAAGAACGUGAGAAACCGCUAGCUUUCUCUCUCUAAUCGCGCAUACGCAUUGGCAACCGUAAGCAUCUUACUUUUUCGAUGUGAUGCCAUUGGAUGCCAUGCGUCACAAGAGAGAGAGAUAUAGCUAGCGGUCUCUCAUCUUCUUUCUCUUUCUACUGUCUAGUAGAAAGAGAAAGAAGAGGACACUGAGAGUCACCUUCCCCACUCUAUUCUUAUACCUCUAUGGCGGUAACCACAGAACACAGAAAGAGGUUAG